GGUGAAUCUCAUUCACGUCUGUGAUGCUUCCGGCGUCGCAAUUGUUGGAGUGCGUCUUCGGAUGCAACAACCCGCACCUAUUCGCAACGUUUGGUGAAAAGACGUUUAUUCCAAUAGACCAUGGAAUUGUGGUGGUGGAAGGUGGCAAGCAGCGUCACUGGAUGCCGAUUCCUGCUGGCAAGUACCUAAUCGAUCAGGUCGUCGUCAGUACAACUGGUAUCCUCUGCAUCACCGAGAAGCGACUGCAAGUGACUCUUCAUUUCUUCGACGCCACAUCACUGCAGCCUCUAUGCGCUGUCGAAACAGACCUUCACGUCUGCCUGACGUCGGCGGUGUUCUCAGCAAAGGGUGACGAAUUAUACGUUCUCUCAACCGUACCAAACUCCGUAGUGAGUGUGUUUCGCUGCAGUGGCAACGAUGACGAUUACGGCGCAGCCGGCAAGAUUGACGUUACUCGCAACACAGCACCCUUAUCCGUCAUACCUGCCGACACGCCCGAGAAUUCCGCCAAGUUUGUGGUGCGGUACAAGGACGAGCUUCUCGGCUUCUCGCAGGUGAAUCCCGAGUUCGACUUUGACAUUUCUUUCGUGUGUGGAGCAACCACUGAUGUCGCGUGUGCAUUAGGAUCUGACUCGCUUUGCUACGUCACUUCCGAAAGAGUCCUUUGCACCUAUCUGUAUGACAGCAGAGUUCGACGCGAGAUUUGCGUGCUGCCGUGCUCCUCGCAGCCAACGGCUCUGACGGUGAAAGAUUCUACGGCUUUUAUCGGCACUAGCACAGGUCAGCUGCUCGCGGUGAAUCUGAGCAACGGGUCGCUGAUGAGCAUACCACAGCUACCGCUCGCGUCGCAAGUACUCAAACUGGAAACAACUGUUUUCAGCAAACUGCUUGUUGGUUCCAAUGAGGGUUUGUUUUCUAUCAAGCUCUCUCCUCCACAAGAUAGUGAAGACAGAACGCAGCUGGUGAAAGGAUGGCGAACAUCGACAGGCCUCAAGUGCUUGGGCACAGUUGAUGCAUCGCAGGCUGUUUGGGUUUUACGCGAUGGCAGCUUCCUUGUACAUACAAAAGAGAGUGUCAGCGAGUUUCUCACCGGAACUGUGAAGGCAGUUGCGGUUGACGCGUGUCUCUUGAACUGUGCACGCUUGCUCAUUCUGUACAACGAUGCUGUUCUGCGCUGUUUCAACAUUAAAAAUGGCGAGGAGGUGUGGAGUCACGAAUGCACGGAGUGCUCGCCGAAGUUCAUGGAGACAGAUGGUCGCGGCAAUGUUGCUUGCUGCGGCGCGGACACAAUUCGCUUUUUAUUAUGUGACGGCGAUGCGGUGGUGGACCGCGGAAUCGUGCACGCAGCGCUUCUCGCUGCAAUGAGUCUUGCGCGUUGGGUUCCCAAUGAAGCGUCUGUGUUGGCCGUCUGCGAGAAUGGCGACGUUUUCCUUGUUGAGCGACCGACGGACGGAAGCGCUGAAACCUUCCACGCUGCGGAAGCGCUUGUGAAGAACGCAUGGCGACUCGAGUUCCCCGUCACUGAUGCGCUGGUCUGCCACGUAACACCGGAUCUGAUCAACAUUUUUGCACACUCAGUGGACCACGACUCGAAGGUGUACGCCUUGGAUCGCCGGUACGAAGGCGAGACGAAAUUCGCACGGCCGCUGUUCCUUCUGGGCGACCACGUCAGCGGCGGCAGUUGUCUGAUACGUCUCAGCGAAAGCAGCAUUCUUUCGUGUGGGAGAGAUGGACACAUUGUCGCGCGUGAUUUGACGCCGUACCAAACGCAACUCCCACCCGCUCCUCCGUGGCGCGAGAAGCGCAAGCCACUCUGGGUCUGCGCCGCGCGCUCCUCGUUUCUCGGCGGCAUCGCGAGCGCUGCGGUAUUUGACAAUGGAGCAAAGUUGAUAUGCAGCGGAAACGACACAGUCCUUCACUGCUUCUCGCUUCGCGCAGACAGCACCAGUGGUGGCACGUGGGAAGAACCUGCGUGGAAACGCGGUGAAGUCGCCGGCGCAGCAGCAGACGUGGACAAGGAGGCCUCCAGCACGUUGAGUAGCGUUGCGGCUCCAGAGCGGGAGGCGCUCCACAACGACCUCACGCGCGUGCGCGAGGCCUGGGCGAAGGUGAUGCGGGAAAAGGAUGGCGAUGUACCUCUGGAGGCGCUCGUGACGGGUGAGCAGCGCGCGGCGUUCAUGGUGGAGUGUGACAAUGCCGUUCACGAGAUGCAGGAGCGGCAGUACUACCACUCCCUGUUGAACGACUACCUCCAAGACACAAUCAAGCUGCGGUGCUGCGAUUCGAUGAAGGUGCCUCGCAUGAAGGUGGUGAGCAUGAACGUCAAGGGUCUCCAGGUGCACAACUUCCACCUCCACCACACCACGUGCAAAGACGCUUCCUUGGCGCGCAAGGCGCUUUUUCUGCGGCAGCUCCAGAAGAAGAUUCAAGGCGGCCGGCGAACGUCGAUUAACGUGCGGUCGGCUCUGCAAGCCGGGCCCGCAGUGGGCGAUAGCGACCGUGCCUCCGCCGAGUACAGCGACGCCAUGGUGAACGAGGCGGAUGUCUACACGCAGUCACGGAUGGCAGUUCAGUCGCUUCUCGUCAGGGGUCGCGAACUCGUAGUGAAGGAGACCUUCAACGCACACUUCCAGGAGUUGCAAGAGGCGAAGAGAAAUCUGGUUGCGCAGAUUGAGGAGCGGACGCUGCGCUGCGUGACCAUAAGCAAGCAGCUCGGAGAACUUCCGGCGCCGCUUUACACGCCACUUAUCGAUCCGGAGGAAGACCCCGACUCCCUUUUUCGCGUGGACGACACGGAAUUGAGCUCGGAGGCGCAGGCACUCAUUGUGCCGUCCGAGGGCGUUGCAGUGGUGUCAGCGGUGAACGAGGCGGCGCUGCAUUUGUGGAUGGAUGGCCUUGAGAAGGAAAUGGAGCAUCUGGAGGUGGAUGUGCCGCUCCCCGAGUUUGCGGACGACUCGCGCGAAGCCUUCGUCCCGCCCGAGGAGCGCACAGAGGAGCAACUGCGCGCGCUCGAGGUGUACACAAAGAAACUCAAAGAGGAGCAAGAGCGGGUAAAUGCGAGGAAGGACGCACUUCGGAGCGAAUUCACGCUGCUGCAGGAGAAGAACCGUGAGGCCGCAGCCACGCUGGAUGAACAACUUAAGAGUGUGCGCCAGAGCCGCCUCAACGCGGUAGAGGAGGUUGACGAGGCGGAGCUUCAGCUGGCUCUCCUUUUUGAGCACCGACUGUGCACCUUGGCCUCGCAGAGACAGCACCGCCUCUGCAAACCCAAAGUUGAGAUGCUCCGCGACGAGAUGGUGGGUGCGCAAUCCUGGUUGACACAGCAGAAGCGCGCCUUUGCCGCAGCGCAGUCGCGUCGCAACGACGUUGAGAACCAAAUGCAUAGCUAUGCCGCUUCAACGCACGCGUCGUACCCUUUCAGCGACGGCGCGGCUGGAGAGAAGCUGCACCGCCGCUUUGUUCGUUGGCUGCGCCGCUUCGAAGACGGCAAGGCACCGCUGCCGGAUGCAAAUGUACUUAUGGCAGACUGCAAUGCCGAGCACUGGUCCGCGUUCUGUAGGCAUUGCGAGGAUGUCGCCGGCGUGCAACGUGUGUUGCGAGCCGCCGACGCGGAAGCUGAACGUGUCGCCGAGGAAGUGUCGAAGGCGCAGCAGCAUUGCGACUCUAUUGCGAAGCGCAUAGAGGCGUUAAACAGGGAAAUGCACGCCGUGCGUGACCGAUGGGUGACUGCGAACCUCGACACACACCUGCUGUGUCACCUGCAUCAAGGCCAGAUCCAAGACGAAAGAGCCACCACCUGCACCGCGUUUUCGACGUUCAAUCUGCGGUGGCGCGACGAUGUGACGCAGUACAACGACUUGAUCUUGGCCAGCGAUGCACAGAGUCGCGCGUUGCUGGAAAGGAUUUCGCAGCGUCGCAAGCUCAUGAAACGUCUGGCAUGGGAGACGGAAAAACUGCAGUACGACGCCGGGACGCGACAGAUAGAGUUGCGGCAGCUGCAUACGUUGCGUGUUACGCGUCAGAUGCAGGAGUACAUCAAUGGCGACGAAGGCCUCUCAGAAGAGGAGAAAAUUGCCAGCAUUCAGCGCCACAUGCAACUGGUUGAGGCGAACAUGGAGCGAAAGAUUGACGAUCUGAAGGCUGUCGCGAAACGCAUGAGGAUGCAAAUUGCGGAGCGCGCUACGGAGAACGUAAUUGUGGGCCGCCAGGUAGGCGAAGUGAGCAGCACCGUGCGCGACAGUGCGGCGGUGUAUCAGCUGAUCGGCACGCACGCAGAUGGCAGCAACACGUACCUUGCGCGCGCCAAAGAGAUCUUCGAAACGAGCGAGCUGGAGGAACUGGCGCGUUCACAGCAGGAGGAGCUCGUGCGGCUGAAACGUGAGGUAGAUCGGUUGCGCGAACGGACGUUUCCCUCCUUCGCCGUAGUCUCCAAGCACACACGUUAG